GUUAGGUGUGCAAUGUAUGGCAGGUACAAUAAAAGAUUUUGUUUUGCGAGGUGUGCCUGGCCGUCUGUUAUCAGUAAUUAGUUUCCAUGAUGUUCGCUUUCACGUUUAUUGUAAUGACACAGUUGUCAGAUUUCAGAAUUCAAAUGUUCUGGUGUGGCUAGCGAUACAGUGAUGCUAGCUUGAGGCCCAUCCCUCAUAAACUCACAGAUAGCCAAAUAAUAUCUGUAUCUUUGGGUUAACCUAUUUAUUGUCCGUAAUGUAAGACACCUAGCUAGUUGCAUAGCAGAGCGACCUCGACAGUGAUAGCGCCAAUCACUUGAUGAUACCGAAAGGGUGGGUUGCAUGCUAGCUUGCUUUUGCACUGCUGCCUCAUCGUUGAGCCAUUAUUCUCGGCCAAAGCAAAUGCUCCAAAACGCCCGACAGUCUUCGGCUUGUUUGCUCCUAACGAGCUGUCAGAAGGAUUUUAAAUUUUCUUGGUGACAGGUGAGCUCAUGCAAGUAACGGCGUUUCCACAAAAUAUAAAGAGCAUUUCUCAGAGAUGGGGGACGAUCGACCUUUUGUAUGCACUGCCCCUGGAUGUGGGCAGAGAUUCACCAAUGAAGACCACCUGUCAGUCCACAAACACAAGCAUGAAAUGACUUUAAAAUUUGGUCCUACCAGAACAGACUCUGUCAUCAUUGCAGACCAGACACCUACACCAACACGUUUCUUGAAGAACUGUGAGGAGGUUGGGCUAUUCAAUGAGUUGGCCAGUUCCUUUGAGCAGGAGUUUUGCAAAGCACAUGAAGAUGAGCAGAGGACAAAACACCUGGCUGCACCAUUACAAACACCAUGUGAAGUUAAAGAUGAAGAUGAGGCUCCUUUACAGGUUGAUUCUUCCCCUCCCGAAAGUCCUGAUUCCUCCUCCAGCAUGUCAGACAACAGCAGAGACUCAAGGGAGAUUCUGACAAAGCCCAGCUCUGCUCCUACUCCAACCAUUGUGCGUCCAGGUUCUCUGCCGCUUCACCUGAGUAAUGACCCAUUACACCCAACUCUGCCAUCUCCAACAUCUGUCAUCACGCAAGCUCCACCCUCCAACAGACAGCUAGGUUCCCCAACAAGUUCUUAUCCACUGGUGAGGCACCUCCCUAAUGGACAGACUGUCCCUCUCCUGCCCAGUCCUGUGCAGAUGACCUCAGUUAUAUCUCUUGCGAGGCCAGUGAACACAGUGCCUAACAUCCCUGGGAUUCCAGGACCUCCAGUUGGGGGGGCAAGCAGCGGUUCGUCCUCCCCCUCUGCAUACAGUCUUCAUUCUGAGACCAAGAUGCGGCUGAAGGCAGCUCUAACUCAUCAGGGCUCAGGAGCACAAGAUGGGGCUGGUGGGGGGGCAGGAUCCAAUCCUGCUGUCCCACAGCGGCAGGAACAGAGCCAGCAGCCCACUCAGAACUCAGAUGCACCAUCACCUGCUCAACCACAGGUGUCCCCUGCCCAGCCAACAGGGGGCCGGCGGCGGCGAGCUUCAGAGAUGGAUCCUGAUGAGAGGAGGCAGCGUUUUCUGGAGAGAAACCGGGCGGCUGCCUCCCGCUGUAGGCAAAAACGAAAACUGUGGGUUAACUCUCUGGAGAAGAAGGCAGAGGACCUUGCCAACAUGAAUGUCUCUCUGACUAAUGAAGUGACCCUUCUAAGAAAUGAGGUGGCCCAGCUGAAGCAGCUCCUCCUGGCCCACAAAGACUGCCCUGUCACUGUUAUGCAGAAGAAGGCAGCUUUCUUAGCUGCAGGAGGAGAGGAAACCUCCAGGGAGGCUUCCACUGAACCCAUCAGCUCCCCGGCGGCAGUUAUACAACACGGGCCAUCACCGCCCACCUCGGUCGCCAGCCCAGGGGCCACCAUUAAUGGGCUGAGCGUCCGCGCUGCAGAGGCAGUGGCUAUGUCAGUCUUAGCUGGCAUGGGAUCGGGCCAGCCGGGAGGGGUCGUCAUGGCAACGCAGUCCCAGUCAGCCCUGAGAUGAUGUGCUGACGCUGGUAGCCAGUAUGAACUCAAGUGGCAUUUGGAGGCCGGACCAGUGCAAAGAGUUUGAAAACAGGGAUCUGCUCUCACCCCCCAGGCCCCAGACUAAGAUAAUCUCCUCCCCUCAGAGCCAAUGAUAAUCACACAAAAAGACGGCAAAGUGCCUCCGUCAGCCCUCCCCUCCCAGAAGGCUCCCUGUUCAGAGAAACUUCAUCUGUGUGUGUGUGUGUGUGUGUGUGUGUGUGUGUGUGUGUGUGUGUGUGUGUGUAAAUAUGAAUAACAUGUCGGACACUCACUCUGCAGGAUUUGGAGUAAUUUCAUGUACAGUUAUGGUUAGAAAAGGCUUUAGACUGGGAUGAAAAGUAAGAAUGAAACUUGUAUGUAAAAUAAUCAGUUUAUUGUCAUUUCAUUUAAUGCAGCUUCAGUCCACUGGCUGUGAUGACUUUGGUUGCUUUCUAGGCUGACAGUUUUACUGUAGGAUAUCUUGUAUUUUUUAUUUGUUUAAAAACAAAGGAUUUUUUUUAUUCCUGAUACUGGUUGUUAGUAACGUUUUACUGAUGCAGUGAGAGUAUGACUUGGUGGCUGAUUGCAGUAAAUGUCAGCCUGGAAAGUGACUGAUACUCUACUUUUUAAUCUUUUCAUUACUUUUCUGUCUGUUUUCCUUUUGAAUAAAUUCUCCUUGACUUCACAUGACAGUCAGCCAAGUGAAUAACUAGCCAGACUGUAGAUGUGUACACACCCCAAGUGUGUCUUUUUACCAUCAGUUUUAACCCAUUUUAAAUGGAGGUCAUUGCAUUCACUGUUUAUGUAUCAGACCCUACUGACUGCAUGGAUUAUUCAAGGCUGAGGAAUACCACUGUUUGUGCUUCAUCAUACGAUCACUGGCUAUUGAUCAGCAUGUCUUCUGUUUUGUUUUGUUUUUUAGAAUCAGAUUAUUGAUGCAAAAUUUGUCCUUGUUGUGUAGGGAUUCCAUCCUCAGUCCUAAAUUAAUUUAAAGGCAUUUAAAAGAUAAUCAGACCUAAUAGAUUUUAAAUCUUUUACCCAUGCAUUUCAGUUAAGAGUAGUGCAAUAUAUUUUUCUAUUGAGUAUCUGUUUUGUUUGCCUGUAGCUGAUGUGUGUUGCCCAGCUGCUGAGGGGGGUUUGGUCCAUUUCAUUUGAAAGUUAUGAGGUGACCAGAGAAAAUGUCAAGGUGAAUCUUCUUGAAUGAUUGAGUUUGGUGAGUAGUGCACAUCUGUAGAGAAGUACAGAUGUUCUAGACCCCAGGUCUAAUGUGAAAAACUGUCUUGUAUCAUGAAGUACACUUAAUACUUGUGCAAGGUUUUAAAGUGCAGAUUAUUUUAUACCACAUUGUACUUUCAAGACUCUCACGUUGGUUUCCUUUGUUUUGUUUUUUAUGUCAGUGUUUUAAGAGGUUUAUUUUUCUCAGUGGUAAUGUUAGGGCUCUUUCGUGAUGUUAUGUUUCCUUAUUUGGUUAAAGAGCAUAAAUAUCUUAUGUGUUUAACAGAGGUUGAACCACAUGGAAACCAGUGUCUUGAAGAUAUCUAUAUGGAGGGAGUUUGUCAAAUACUCAGGCC